AUGGUGAUGGAGUUUUUCUCGGACAUCGCGGUCCACUGGAGUUUUUCUCGGACAUCGCGGUCCACUGGAGUUUUUCUCGGACAUAUUGGCGGUCCACUGGAGUUUUUCUCGGACAUCGCGGUCCACAUGAAGAAGGAGGAGGGGGGGGGGGACGAGACGAGCAAACAGGGGCCACAAUAUUUUGUACUUGCUUCUCAGCCAAUGCAAAGCAGACUACCCAGUGACAAGUUCGAGACGUUGCCAUGUCAGGGGGAAUUUUGUAUUUGCUUCUCAGCCAUGGAUGUGGACAAGUUCGAGACGUUGCCAUAG